CGGUGAGGUGGGCUGUGUGCGGGCCGGGCCGGGUAGACUGCCAGCUGGGUGAAUGUCGUGAACAGUCGCCGCGUUGGCCCCAGUCUCCCCGCACUCCGCUAAUAACUGGAUGGAUGAUUUAUCCGGAGGCGCUUCUCUGAGCUGUUUCGGUGGAAUAAGACUGCAAGAGAGGAACCGAGGGAUUAACCAACUAAACAAAACAGGAUGUAACUAACCGCAGAGCAGAAUGUCAAGUGGAACAAAAGAGACUUCUUGUUGUUAUUCGCCUCCGUGCUCGAGUCUCAUCGGACUGAACUAACCAGCAGCUAAACCGGCUAACGUUAGCUGAGUUAACGCUAGCUAUAUUACGGUUUCAAGCAUCCUUGCUUGCCUGUUUGGUGAGUGGAUCUCAUUGACAUUUCCUCGCCAUGGCAGCAGUGGUUAGCUACUCUCCACCAUGGUGGGUGAACCUUCUACACAGACUUCCCCAUUUCAACUUCAUGUUCGAGCAGACAAGCAGUGACUUCCGGCCAGAGGACUGGACAUAUCAACAGUCUAUCCUGUUACUGGGAGGUGUGGCGCUCGCUUGUCUGGCCCUGGACCUUCUGUUCCUGCUCAUCUAUUCCAUUUGUCUGUGCUGCCGGCGGAGCAAAAAUGAGGAACAGCCCAACGCUGACUGCUGCUGCACAGCCUGGUGUGUCAUCAUUGCAACACUCGUCUGCAGCGCUGGCAUUGCUGUCGGUUUCUAUGGGAACGGCGAGACUUGUGAUGGAGUGAACCGGCUGACGUAUUCCCUGCGCCAUGCUAACCGCACAAUCACUGGAGUGGAGAAGCUGGUAUAUAACUGUACAUCCUCAUUGAACCAGACGGUAGACAACAAUCUGCAACAGCUUGAGGCCCAGUAUGCACAGCACGCGGACUACCUGUCCAUCAUCCAAAAGCUGCAGGGCCAGCUGGACGAGCUGGUCAGGCAGAUGGUGGAGAUCCCCUUCUGGGACAACACCAACAUCUCCCUGGAAGAGCUGGCCGUCAAGAUUGAGCUGUAUGAUUGGUACAGGUGGCUGGGCUACAUAGGCCUGCUACUGUUCGACGUCCUCAUCUGCCUCCUGGUGCUGUUUGGCCUCAUUCGCAACUCCAAGGGAACGCUUAUUGGGGUGUGCUUGUUUGGAGUGGUGGCUCUGGUAAUCAGCUGGGUCUCCCUGGGGCUGGAGUUGGCCGUCUCUGCGACCUCCAGUGACUUCUGUGUUGCUCCUGACACAUAUGUCACCAAAGUGGCAGACCAGUAUGGAGUCAUCAGUCAAGAUAUCCUGCAGCACUACCUUAGUUGCAAUUUGGAACAAACAAACCCCUUCCAGCAGAAGCUCUCGGGGAGCCACAAAGCAUUAGUGGAGAUGCAGGAUGACGUGUCUGAGCUGCUGCGCUCUGCCACCAGAGAGUACAAACAAACUCAGGGAAGUUUAGAAAAGAUCCAGGAAAUACUGAACACCACAGAGAUCAGUCUACAUCAGCUCACUGCCCUGGUGGACUGUCGCAGCCUGCACAUGGACUUUGUUCAGGCCAUGACAGGACUGUGUUAUGACGGACUGGAAGGCGUCAUCUACCUCGCGCUCUUCUCCUUCAUCACUGCUCUCAUGUUCAGCUCCAUUGUUUGCAGUGUGCCUCACACCUGGCACAGCAAGAGGAAUGAGGAGGACAGUGAGGAUGAGUCUCUGAGCCACGGAGGACGGCAAAACCAUGAUAACCUGUACCGGGUCCACAUGCCCAGCCUGUACAGCUGUGGAAGCAGCUAUGGCAGUGAGACCUCCAUCCCCGCCGCAGCCCACACCGUCAGCAACGCACCUGUCACAGAGUACAUGGCUCAGAAUGCCAACUUUCCAAACUCCCGCUGCGAAAACACGCCUCUGAUAGGACGAGAGUCUCCUCCGCCCUCGUAUACCUCCAGCAUGCGGGCAAAGUACCUGGCCAACAGCCGACCAGAUCCCAACAACCCUCCUCCAGCGCACUAGACAACACUGGACUCAUCCUGUCUGCAGCGCUGACAUCUCUGAAGUCUCUCAUCCAGUCAGUCAGUUAUUAUUUCUCAUAUAGCCACUCCUCCUUCUGCUUUCCUCCGCUGUCUCAGUUGACUUAAAAUGGAAAACCAAAUGUGCUUUUCGCCGAUUGGUUGAAGCAAAACUUGAGGAGUCCUGCAGAUCAAAGUGCACAUAUGCUUUUUCUCCAUCUUCCACAACCCUUGGCUGAUGUUUAUUAUUGCAAGAAGCAUCAUCGCUGCUGGGAAUUCUUCUCCAACUGGACUGACUUUUACACUCCUUCUUUACACAUGAAUGCACCACCAUGUACGGUAUCACAUCUUACAAGACAUUGCAGUGUUGAGGACUCUGGAAGUGCUCAUAGACUAACACUGAUUACUACUGUUUGUUGUUUUUGUUUUGUUAAGUACUGUACUGCACUCUCAUCGCCGUGGGAGACUUAAGAGAACUGCCUUACAUGUAAAUUUGGGAGGAAUCAACUGCUUUCUUUCCAGCUUAAUUGUGGACAUUGUUUCUCACAUAACACACAGCGUAGAUGAAUCUGUCGUAGGGUAGAUUAAUUUCACAGUGCGACAUCUCAUUUUUCUGCUUGUGAAAUUUGAAAUGCAACAAGAUGUGCGUUAUUCUCCAGUUUAAGUAGCCAUACUGUCUAUCACACAUGCACAUUGGCUUGUUUUUGCAUUUUAUGUUAAAUCAAAUGUCUGGGACCAGUUUUCCUGCCGUAUUGCACGUCUUACAGGUCUGAUUUUUACCCACCCCCCCACCCCCCCAUUGGACACUGUUAUUUCCUGUGGCAUUUUUUUUUUUAAAUACAUUGGUGAGCCACUAUUUUGCAGCAAAGACUAUAAACUUGUGAAGCUGUGAACUUGAUGCUCUCAGAGGAUUCGAUGAGGACAAAGAUGAGCUGCGUGAUGAAAAAGCAGCUGUUUGACGAGAAAAAAAAAGAAUGCAACCGUAACAAGUGUGACAAAUGAGACGUUUUUAUACUACUGGAAGCAGAAACUUUUUGUUUUUUACAGCCCUUUGAAGAGGAUGGUGAAGCAGAGGGGGACAGAGUUGUGCGUGAUGUCUUCUGCAACAUUACUCUAGACUUACUACGAUAAAUUGCCGCUUCAUCAGACUGCUUGUUAUUCUCUCCGUGUACCUGUUAAGUUGUAAAGCCUCAUCACCCUUAACAGAACUGGGGAUUGUCCACACACACCCUUGACUCUAUGCGGCAAUGAUGUACAGCGUUUUGGAGUCCAAAAUUCCUCUCGCAAGAAUCUUAAAGCAAGUUUAUGUGACAGUAUGCAUAUGGCAGUUUCAGUUUCAGAGAGAAACUUUAUGCAUUGGCAAUGCAGUGUCUCACAAAUGUGUUUUAGCAUUUAUAACAACAGUAGAUCUGAGUGAGUGGAUGCUGUGAAGGGAUUGUGAUAACUCUGCUCUCUCUAUAAUCUGGAUAUUGUCAAAGAAAACCUGCUGACUGCCUGUUGAAGCGUGACGAUCCUUCAAAUGCGGAGUGGGAUGUUUGUACUUGCUUCUCCUAGAUGUGCAUUGUGACCAGUGCAAGAGGUGAUUUUGUUUUGUUUUUUGAGACUGUGCCAACAAGUGAAGCACAACUCUUUUACUAUCUGAAUAUCUUUUUAAAUGUCUUUACUCGAGGCCACUUUGUAAAGUUGACCACUCCUGGCUGCCUCUGCGCGAUCAGAUGAGAAAAUGAGCCUGACUUUAUUUCAAAUCAUUUACGCUCUGUAAAACAUUAUUACACUGAUGCAGUCUUUCUGUUUUUGGGUAGUAGUCAUAUUCUCUUUGUUGUUUGUACAGAUUAUAAACAUUAGCAAGAUGAAGAAAAAAAAGUGGCUGAAAUUGACAUUUCAUUUUUUUUAUCUCUUAAAAAGCUUAUUCCACAUUUUAAACAUUUUUUCUAUUUGAUUUGCUUUUGGUUUUUUAUUUUUUAUUUUAGGAUCGUUAGCAAGCACGAUGUGUUGCUUCAUUAAUGUGAAUACGGUAAAUAGAUUUUAAUUUUCUUUGAGUUUUUUCUGGAAAAAAAAAUCACUGUAGAUGUCAUCGUUUUUAUUUUAUACAUCAUUUUUUUGCAAUCUCUAAAAUGUGUACAUGUUAAACCUGUGGUUAUAUUGAGCUUGAAUGCUGUGUUUUAAAAUUAAACAAACCUUAACUGUA